AUGGCCCUCGCGGGCUCCUCCGCGCUUCUGCGUCGCUUCGGCGCCGCGCCGGCCCUCGAGGAGGUGCCCACGGAGUCCCGAUCGUUCAUCGAGCGUGAGCUCAAGGCUGGUGCCCACAACUACGCGCCGAUCCCGAUGGUGGCGGCGCGCGGCAAGGGCGUCUUCAUGUGGGACGUCGAGGGCAAGAAGUACUACGACUUCCUCUCCGCGUACUCCGCGGUCAACCAGGGCCACUGCCACCCGCGCAUCAUCGAGGCGCUGAACAAGCAGGCGAGCACGCUCACGCUCACGUCGCGCGCCUUCUACAACAACGUGCUCGCCGACUUCGAGGAGAAGACCACCGCGCUCUUCGGCUACGACAAGGUCCUCGCGAUGAACACGGGCGUCGAGGGCGGCGAGACCGCCUGCAAGCUCGCGCGCCGCUGGGCCUACGACGUCAAGGGCGUCCCGGAGAACCAGGCCAAGAUCCUGUUCGCCGCGGGCAACUUCUGGGGACGCACCAUGUCGGCCAUUUCGUCGUCGACGGACCCCGAGUCCCGGGGCGGGUUCGGCCCGUUCAUGCCGGGCUUCGAGAUCAUUCCGUACGACGACCUCGCCGCGCUGGAGAAGGCGCUGCAGGACCCGAACGUCGCGGCGUUCAUGGUGGAGCCGAUCCAGGGCGAGGCGGGCGUCGUGGUGCCGCACGACGGGUACCUGCGCGGCGUGCGGGAGCUGUGUUCGAAGUACAACGCACUGUGGAUCGCGGACGAGGUCCAGACGGGGCUGUGCCGCACGGGCCGCAUGCUGUGCGUCGACCACGAGAACGUCAAGCCCGACAUCCUCGUGCUGGGCAAGGCGCUGUCCGGCGGCGUGUACCCCGUCAGCGCGGCGCUCGCGAACGACGAGGUCAUGCUCAACAUCCGCCCGGGCCAGCACGGGUCGACCUACGGUGGCAACCCGCUCGGCGCGAAGGUGGCGAUGGCGGCCCUGGACGUGCUGAUCGAGGAGAACCUGGCCGAGAACGCCGAGCGUCUGGGCCACGUCGUGCGCGACACGCUGUCGAAGAUCAGCCCCAAGGUGAAGAUGGUGCGCGGCAAGGGCCUCCUGAACGCCAUCGUCAUCGACGAGGCCGACGGCGUCUCCGCGUGGGACAUCUGCGUCAGGCUGAAGGAGAACGGCCUGCUCGCCAAGCCCACGCAGGGCAACAUCAUCCGUCUGGCGCCGCCGCUGAUCAUCAACGACAGCCAGCUGUCCGACUGCCUGGAGAUCAUCGAGAAGACCUUCAAGUCGCUCGCCAAGUGA